GCACAUUGCUUAGUUGGCGGAAAUGGCGGAAAAGUCCGUGUAAUUGGUUUUGUCCAAUAAUAACAUAUAAAUGCUGAGGUUGCGACGGUUGUGACACAUUAUAAGUUCGUGAUACGUGAAAAAAUAUAUAAAUAGACGAGAUUUUCAAUGAAAAUUUUUUUUUUUUUUUCGUAUUAAUAAAAUGGAUGAUUUUGAUGAAAUAGCGUAUAAGAAAGAAAAAGAAGAUUGGGUUACUGGUCAUAGUGGCGGUUCUACAUGGGAAAUUAAUUCCGUUUGUGGAGUUCUUUUAUCAUCAUAUAUCAUUUGGUCAGCUUUAUCAAAAUAUACAAAAUCAUUUAAUUAUACAACAAACAAUACAGGAACUUUAAUUUUAGAAUUUAUAAUUAUAGUAUUGCCAAGUGUAUUGGCUUGUACAAUAUUAUCAUCCUACACCUUUUUUAUAAAUGCACUAUUCCUUUCUUUGUCGAUUUUCGUUAAUUAUAAAUUUGCACCAAAACCAAGUAUAGAGGAACAAGAAAAAUUAAAAAAAAGGAGUAAAUGGGAAAAGGGAUCAGAUGAUGAGGAAGAAAAAGAUGGAUUAGAAGGGUUAAUUAUUAAAGAGGGACUAGAUGACGAUGAAAAUUCUAAAAUCAAGAUAGAAAGGAGUCAAAUAAAACCUUUUCUUAGUAUUUAUAGAGCCAGCAUGAUGAUUUUAACUUGCAUAUCAAUUUUAGCAGUUGAUUUUUUUGUUUUUCCGAGAAGAUUUGCAAAGGUUGAAACAUUUGGAACUUCUUUGAUGGAUUUGGGGGUCGGGUCUUUUGUAUUUUCUUCAGGUAUUGUUGCUGCGAGACCAUUCUUAAAGAAACCUGAAAAUAGAUUUAAAUCACUUAAAGGGCAAUUAUUUAAGGCUGUAAAACAAGCCUUUCCACUUUUAUUACUUGGAUUUAUAAGAUUAAUUAUGGUUAAAGGAGUCGAUUAUCAGGAACAUGUUACAGAAUAUGGAGUACAUUGGAAUUUCUUUUUUACACUUGGAUUUCUUCCCAUAUUUGUUACUCUUUGUCGUGCCUUACAAAAAUAUACGAGAUUUUCAAUAGUGGGACUAUUUAUUGCCGUUUUCUAUCAAAUUGCGCUUUGGGAAUUUGGACUUGAAGAUUAUAUUCAACAUGCACCUCGAACGAAUCUUAUCAGUGCGAAUAAGGAAGGAAUAUUUAGUUUUUGGGGAUAUUUAUCAAUAUUUUUAUUUGCGUUAGACAUAGGGCAUUAUAUUUUACCAUUAGAUCCAUAUUAUACACUUAGACCAAAUCGUCAAACAAAAAAACCAAAACCAAAAAAAUUAGUAAUGAUAUUAUUCUCUUGGUCAAUACUAUUUUGGUUAGGUUUCUUAAUUGUAACAUUAUGUAAUAUAAAAGUAUCAAGACAAAUGGCAAAUUUAAGUUAUGUAUUUUGGGUAGCUUCUUUUAAUAUAACGUAUCUUUCAUUAUUUCAAUCAGUUGAAUUGUAUUAUUUUAAAAAUUAUUGGAAAUCAUAUGAAAAGACCGUACCUAAUUUAGCUGAAGCUAUAAACUCUAACGGAUUACUCAUAUUUCUCGUGGCAAACCUUUUAACAGGAUUUAUUAAUCUUUCUAUAAGAACAAUUUAUACUUCAAGUUUAGUUGCCGAAAUUAUAAUUAUUGGAUAUAUGUUUAUAAUUAUUUCUUUUAGUAUAUUAUUAAAGAAACUUGGAUUGAGAUUAAAAUUAUAAAAGGGAAGAGUUGAUUUCUUUAAAUUUUUUUUUUUCUUCUUUCAUUUGUUUAUUUAUUUUAUUUUGUGUUUAAUUUUAAUUUUAUUUAUUGAGAGAAUAAAAAAUCACUUUUA